GAUCUAUUAUAUAUUUAUUUGGAUAAAUUAAGGAUUUUAAAAUGAUUAAUCUGAAGAAGCUGGUUUCAAUUCUCACCAUUUUGGCCACCAUUUGUGCAGCAGCAGAAGAAGCUAAAGAGAAUGGCGGUGGCGGUUUUACGGUUGAACUCAUCCACCGGGACUCUCCGGCGGCUUCUCCACUCUACAACCCUCUUCUUUCUCGGCGGCAACGCAUGAGCAUUGCGUUUCACAAUUCUAUGAACCGCGCCGCCGCCGCGGCCGAUUCAUCCGCCGCUUCCGUCCGGGUGCUCCCUGAUCCUAAGGGAACAUAUCUCAUCAGACUGUCCGUCGGCGCCCCAACGCCGGCGGCUAAGCUCGCCGUCGCGGACACCGGCAGCGAUCUUAUAUGGCUGCAAUGCUGCCACCCUCCCGUUCAUGAUCAAAAAGCUCCCGUUUUUAAUCCCAACGAUUCCUUAACGUAUAAACCAGUCCCCUGUGAUUCCAAGGCGUGCUCAGGUCUACCCAGAAGCCGGUGCGCCGCCGCCGCCUCCGGCGGCGGCGGCGGCGGCGGGGGUAGUAACACCACCUGUCUGUAUUCUGCUACGUAUAACGACGGGUCGUUCAGUUACGGCGAACUGGCCACCGAUACGUUUACGUUAGACGUAGUUUCCGGCGGAAAAAACGCGUCGUUCCCCGACAUUAUUUUCGGGUGUGGGUUUAAAAACUACUUCGAGAAUAACGAUACCGAGGUUUCCGGGAUUGUCGGUCUCGGGUCGUCGCCAUAUUCGCUCAUAAAUCAAAUCGGCGGCGCCAGAUUCUCCUACUGCUUAGUUCCGCUGUCAAAUCUGAACGCCUCAAGCACGCUACACUUGGGCCACCGUUCCGCGGUGGUCCACGGCGGUCCCGGAGUGGUUUCCACUCCGCUAAUCUUGAAACCUCCGAGAAACUUCUACUACCUGACUCUCCUAGGAAUCUCUGUCGGAAACCAAACACUAAACCUCGUCGACGAGUCAUCAUCAAGAGCCGUUCCAAAAGGCAACAUCUUCAUAGAUUCCGGCACCACCUUCAGCUUUCUCCCGGCGGAUUUAUAUCUCAGGCUGGAAGAGAUGGUGAGGAAUUCCAUAUCACUAAAGCCUAUGGAGCCGAAUCCCAGGAGAUUCCUACGGCUUUGCUACCGGGAUUUGGGAGCGGAGGAUGUGCCGAUAAUCACGGCGCGGUUUGACGGCGGCGGAGAGCUGAAGUUGAAGGCGGUUAACAGCUUUGUUGACAUCGGAGAUGGAGUUGGGUGUUUAGGGUUUGCUCCGACAAAGGGAAUUCCGGUGUUUGGGAACGUGGCGCAUACGAAUUUCUUGGUGGAAUAUGACCUGGAGAAGAUGGUUGUAUCCUUCGAGGCUACAGAUUGUGUGAAAUGGAAAUACAAGUAGUGCAUUUCUGUGCCAA